UGCACUCGUGCAGGCUGGAGGGUGCCAGAUGCCACCUCUGUCCUGCAACACCAUUUUCCCGGAUACACGCCGAAUAAGCAUCUCAUUCUUGUGCAGCAACGCAGGAGGGGAACAGAUCAACGACAUGACGCUGGAUCUCUGGCGUGCCCGCAAGGACCGGGAGGAGAUCAGCCUGCGGGACCUGGAGCAGGCCAUCUCCAAAGCCGUGUUUGAAAACCCUCAGAGUGGAUUCUGGAAAUCUGGGAUCAUUAAUGAACAUCUCAUUGAUUUUGUUGUGCCCUUCCUCCCAUUGAAGCACCACCACGUAAAGCAGUGCGUCGUCGGCGAACUUAUCCAGCAAGGCCUCGAAGUGCGUCCGGGUGUUGUCCAGGAGGUGGCUGACAGCAUCCCCUACUUCCCAGAAGAAGAGAAAAUAUUCUCAUCAACAGGCUGCAAAACAGUGGCCUCCCGGAUCAGUUUUUUCUUCUAGUCCCUGGCGAGGGCCUUGCUCAGAUCCAUCGGGGAUGUAUAUGGAGCUGUAAAGCGGCAGAGCCCAGGGCUGGCGCGAUGAGCAGUGGGAGCUGCGUGUUCCCUCUCGGCAGCACAAGCGGUCUCCUGCUGAACUCAUCCCUCCAGCCCCAAGGAGGCCGCUGCAGGAUGCGGGACCAAGUGCAAGUGAUGUGAUUUAAAGCACUUUACUGAUUUACCCUUGGCCAGGUGAGGGUGGAUACAACCAGCCCGGCGCACCACCCAAGACAUCCGUGACAAAGGGAAGAGGCUAAGAGGUCCUGCAGUGUCAGGGAGGUUUCUCACCCUGUCACAGCAGCACCCACCUGCAGCUCUCCCCUCUCCUGGCACCUACUGAUAUCCAACACAUCAAGAUUCUGAGCCCACAGAAGAAUAUUUCUUUCCUACAGCAUUUUAACAGGUUUUUAGAACCUUUUGAAGCGUGGCUGUGCCUCAGCUUCUUGGUACCACGUGACAGUGCUGGUGCUGACUCCUGCAGCGCUGGCCUGUGAACGCCUUCAACAUUGCAGCAAAAUUUUCUUUUCAAGGAAGUUUUAGAGCCAACUUCUUUCCAGCUUCCUUUCACUGUGAAUAGGUGCUGGUAGGGACCAGCUUCACCAUCAACAAGCGUGGGGGGGUAAUGUGGGAGAUGGCAACACCUGAUCUGCCAAGAGCCAGGUUCUUCCUACCACCCCCUUGUCCAUCGUUCCCUUAAGGUCCAAAGGAUUUCCCUGCAGCAAACCAGGAAAACAACAACAACAACAAAGACUUCUCGCUUGUUUUACUAGCUACAAAAAGUUUCAGUCCUACCUCCAGGGGAGCCUAUAGUGCUACUAACGGUUUUGAAAAUUCCUUUUAUUCAGCGAUGACUUCUACAGCAGGCUGAGA